UUUGCGUUCAGCCUCUUGGCCCCCUCCUCCCGCCGUGGCCGCCUCCCCGGCCCGUUCCCGCGCGGGUGCGCAGCUCUUACCCUCUCACGCGGCGCGCCUGCCGUUUCACCCACUUACUUCUCUCUCUGACACGUGCUUGUCCUCCGCUCGCCCCCCUCGCGCUCCUGUCCCCCGACCAGCGCGCUCUCCCAGCCCAGACCUCUGGAUCCUUGCAGCUGCCCCGGGAGCGGAGACCUUUCCCCAGUCGCGGGGCUCCUGGACUGCAGGGGGAAUCUGGCGCCAACGGCCCUGCCCCCCUCACGGGGACAGUGUUCGGCGGUGGGACCUGUCUGUGGGACUUGGUCUGGGCGCUGCCCCGCGCCGAGGAGCCGGAGCCGGAUGCGCGCAGCAGCUGGCGUGCGAGCCAGGCGGCCGCGCCCCCAAAGGCCGAGGACAGCGAGGACGGCGAGAGCAGCUGGGGGCCGGCGCCGGACGCGCCCGCGAGCCCAGAGAGUAUGAGUGCGGCCCCGCAGGGCGGCGGAGGGCGGGCUGCGGCGGGGCCCGGCCCGGGGCCCGCCCCGACGUGUGAGAACGGAGGCUGCGGCGCGGCGGACGCCCGGGAAGCGCGGCCCAGCGCGGCCAAGCUGCUGCGCCUGUUGUCGGGGGGCCGCCCGCGGCUGCCGGGCGCAGAGAGGCCCCGCUCCGUGGUGCUGGUGCGCAGCGCGUCCACCUGGACGGCGCUCGCGUCCCUCCGCAAGGCGGGCUCGUUCAAGCGGCUCAAGGCGUCCGUGCUGCAGGGCAUCCAGAGCCGGGGCGAGGGCGCGCGCGGGGCGCGGGACGGCACUGCGGCGCCGGGGCCGCCGCCGCCCGUCCCCAACGGCGCGCCCCGCGCCUGCCCGCCAGCCCGGGGCCCCUCGCCCGCGCUCACGGGCGCGUCGGACGGCUCGGACCCGGAGGAGGCGGCCGACGACGCCUUCCAGCGCAGCACGCACCGCUCCCGCAGCCUGCGCCGCGCCUACGGCCUGGGCCGCAUCCGCCUGCUGGACGCCGACGCGCCGCCGCCCCGCGCCCCGGACCCGGCCCCCUCCAGCCGCCGGAGCCGGAGCUCCGACGGCGCGCGCUCCCCGGCGCAGAGCUCCUGCAAGCGCAAGUUCGCCGCCAGCCUGGCCGAACUCAAGGCCGCGCGGGACCCGCCGGUCCCCCGGAGGACGCUGAGCAGCUCGUCGGCCGACUCUGAGCGCUCGGGGGGCUCGGAGAGAAGCACCAAGCGCUGGAAGAGCCCGGCGCGCGUCCUGAGGCUGGUGAGCGGCGCGGCCGAGGGCGCCUGGCGGAGGGAGGCGGCCCGGGAGCCCCCGCCGAAGCCCCGGCCCCGCAGCGCGCUGCACGACGAUUAUUCCCGGCGCGCGUCGGCGGGCAGCGAGCAGGCGCGCAGGGGCCGUUCGGCGUCCCUGCACAGCGUGUACGCAGCCGUGGACUUCGGGUCUAUGCCCGUGGUGGACGUGGACACGGCGGUGUUCCCCCUCGAGCCCACACUCCCCACGGCAUCCGGACCGGGAGCCGGUGGGGCCGCGUCCAGCUCGGCUGCGGGGGAAGAUGCCCAGAAACCCGGCCGCCCGGCUCCGGGGGACCCUGAGCACCUGGUCUCCCCGUCCAGGCCCGCCACGCCCAAGCCCCGCAGUCCGCAGAGCCCGUGUGCUGGGAGUCCCUGCAGUGUCAGCUCGCGGUCCCUGAGCGCUGUGGCUGGUGAAGACGGAGCCCAGGGGCCCGCACCCCUCCGGGAUCCUGCAUCCAGCAGGAGCGACGACGGCGUUCUGGACAGUGCGGGCAGCCACGCCCCAUCGAGCCCCAGGGCGGAAGGGAGAGAAGAGGUCGUGGCUGAGGAAUCGUGCAGGCGGGACCCUCCCCAAGAGGACGACACCACGGAGCCUCAGAAGACCAGCCGGCGGAGAUGGGGCUCAGGGAGGAGGUCCAGACCCCGGCCGCUGUCCGACUACGGCCACUUGGUCAGCCGCAGUUUGUCUAUUCCUGAAGAUGCAAUCGCCGGAGACCCCCAGCAGGAGGCCAGUAUGACCGGCGACCCGCAGCCAGGCAUGGCCUCCGGGGACCCUGCAGGGCCGAGUGUGGGCUCGGGCUGCCCCAGAGGAAGCCGGAGAAGACGCCCCAUCUCUGUGAUAGGCGGGGUCAGCUUCUAUGGCCAGAGGCGGACUGAGGAAAUAGAGAAUCUUCUGACCCAACCAGCAGCCAGGCCGCCCGUGCCCGCUCACCAGGUGCCCCCCUAUAAAGCUGUCUCAGCCCGCUUCCGGCCGUUCACCUUCUCCCAGAGCACCCCAAUUGGCCUGGACCGCGUGGGACGGCGGCGGCAGAUGCGUGCAUCCAAUGUGGCCUCGGAUGGAGGCGCUGAGUCCUCUGCCCUGGUGGACGACAACGGCAGUGAGGAGGAUGACAGCUAUGAGGACCUCCGGCAGGGUAACUCCCGAUUCCUGCCACCCGGCGGGGAGCAGCUGGCGGUCAACGAGCUGAUCAGUGAUGGCAGCAUGGUCUGCGCAGAAGCCCUGUGGGACCACGUGACCAUGGACGACCAGGAACUGGGCUUCAAGGCGGGAGACGUUAUCCAGGUUCUGGAAGCUUCCAACAAGGACUGGUGGUGGGGCCGGAAUGAGGAGAAGGAGGCCUGGUUCCCAGCUAGCUUCGUCAGACUGCGAGUCAACCAGGAGGAGCUGUCGGACCACUCGAGCAGCUCCCAGGGCGAAGAGCAGCAGGUGGGCAGCAGGGGCCGCCACACGCACCCCGAGAGCAAGCGGCAGAUGCGUGCCAACGUGGUGCAGGAGAUCAUGAACACCGAGCGCGUGUAUAUCAAGCACCUCAGGGACAUCUGCGAGGGCUACAUUCGGCAGUGUCGCAAGCACACAGGAAUGUUCACCGUGGCACAGCUCUCCACCAUUUUCGGAAACAUCGAAGAUAUUUACAAGUUCCAGAGAAAGUUCUUGAAAGACCUUGAGAAACAGUACAACAAAGAGACGCCUCAUCUGAGUGAGCUGGGGUCCUGCUUCCUGCAGCACCAAGAGGGCUUCUCCGUCUACUCUGAGUACUGCAACAACCACCCGCGUGCCUGCGCCGAGCUGGCCGGCCUCAUGAAGCAGGGCCGCUACCGACACUUCUUUGAGGCCUGCCGCCUGCUCCAGCAGAUGAUUGACAUCGCCAUUGAUGGCUUCCUGCUCACACCUGUGCAGAAGAUCUGCAAGUACCCGCUGCAGCUGGCUGAGCUGCUCAAGUACACGCCACAGGAACACAGUGAUUACAGCAAUAUAAAGGCAGCAUACGAGGCCAUGAAGAAUGUAGCCUGCCUGAUCAAUGAGCGGAAACGCAAGCUGGAGAGCAUAGACAAGAUAGCACAGUGGCAGGUGUCCAUCGUGGGCUGGGAGGGGCUGGAUAUCUUGGACCGAAGCUCAGAACUGAUCCACUCUGGAGAGCUGACCAAAAUCACUAAGCAAGGCAAGAGCCAGCAGCGGACCUUCUUCUUAUUUGACCACCAGCUGGUGUCCUGCAAGAAGGACGUGCUGCGCCGGGACAUGCUCUACUACAGGGGCCGCACCGACACGGACCAAAUGCAGCUGGUUGACCUGGAGGAUGGGCGCGACAAGGACUGGAAUCUCAGUGUGAAGAACGCCUUCAAGCUCAUCAGCAGGACCACUGAUGAGGCACAUCUGUUCUGUGCCAGGAAGCUGGAAGACAAGGCCCGGUGGCUGCAGGCCUUUGAGGACGAGCGGAGGAGGGUGCAGGAGGACCAGGAGAUGGGAAUGGAAAUUUCAGAAAAUCAGAAGAAACUGGCAAUGUUGAACGCUCAGAAGGCCGGACAUGGCAAGUCUAAAGGCUAUGGGGGAUGCCCGGUGGCCCCCCCGCACCAGAACCUGCACCCACUGCAACAGCGCCACGUCACGGUGCCGCCCAGCGUACCCCAGCAGCAAGUCUUCGCCCUGGCCGAGCCCCGGCGGAAACCAUCACUGCUGAGGUUCAACCUGAGCAAACUCGCCCCCUUUCGAAAGUGAGCCGGGGCCAACCGGAAGAGAGCUGGGGCCAACCGGAAGAGAGCUGGAAGUCCAGAGCAACCACUGCUGACGCACCCUCAGAAACCAGCGAGAGCAGAGGAGGACCCGGACCCACGCUUCAGCCAUGCAGAGGCCCAGUGGAUAGGGUCAGAGCAGGUCACACGCUCAUCUGGGAUCUCCCAGGAAGCUUCCAUGAGCUGCACUGAGGUGCUGAGCUUGGAACCCUGGACAUGCACUCACCUGGAUGCCACACAUUGACCCCAGCCUGCUGCUGUGUGGGAGCUGACCAUCCCUAUGCAGAAUUCUGAAGGGGGCUCUCCUGAGCUGCACUCCGGCCUCCGAGCAUGAGAGAAAGGGGCACGCCUGGCUGGCAGGCUGUGGUGGCCCUGGUGUUGGAAAUGGCAACAAUGGCCUACUCACAGGCACCCAUGGGCAGCACUGGCUUCAUCUCGAAAGGCGCUGGGGUUGGGGUCCAAAAACCCAAGGUGAAGGGGGAGUGGAAAGAAUAGCCUUGCAGGCAAUGGGCGGAGCAGUGAGGAAGAUGGGCAGAUCCUGGAGAGCUCUCUUUGUCCUUCUGCGUUAGGGCUCCAGUGAUGGUGAGUGGGGAGAAACAGGCACAUCUGUCCAUUUGCAGUGUAUAAAACCCAAACCUUCCCCAUGGUAGAGUGUUGGCACAUGCAUCCACGAUACGUCAGCCUCUGUGGCAUUGCACCGAUUAUGAGCUGGGCCUUGUGUCCACCCCAUUAGGAAUACAAGUGCAUCCAGCCAUCCAACUUCUUCCAGCUUGGAACAGAUCUUGUUUCAUUAAACCAGAACAGGAAUGCAAGCUGUUGUCAGCCUGUCAUCGGGUGUUCGAAGACCACUUCUUUCCAUUGGGACUUUCACCAACCAUGUCUCAGAUAGAAUGCUUUGAAGGGAGACUGCAUGAGUCACUGCCUGUACACCAUUGAUUUUCCCGUCUUUGCACUGGGAAUGCACUAAAUUAUGAUGAAAAUUCAGUAUGUUCAGAAAAGAAAGGCUCUGCCAGAAAGAGGCCAGCUAGUUGACCAGGCACACGGGGUCAGCCUACUGCUGUGACCUGUGGCUCUCUCAAAGGUGUGUCCUCUAACAGACCAGUGCUGAGAACACACUUGUCAGUCUCCAGGCGUGACCUCUGCCCUCCCUCCACCCCUGCCCUCACCCAGAGCUUCUGUCGGAGGUGACUCCUGUACCAAGAUGUCGCCAGCACUUUGGAUGUUGUGGGAGCAUGAAUGGGGUGCACCUACCUGCUGUUGGCCCUUCUCUGUUGUGUCGUGCUCGCCUGCAGGUGACCUGGCUGAAGGCUGGCCUAGCCCAUGACCUGCAACCCUGUCCUGCUUUUGUGGACCCUCAGGCAGUGUCCCAGGCUAGAGGCCACUUCUCUUCAGAAGCAUCUCAGGAGGUGCUGUAGCUGAGUGUGUGUGUGUGUGUGUGUGUGUGUGUGUGUGUGUGUCCAUGUCCGUCUGUGUCUGCGUGUGCCUAUGUUUCCAUAUUUUUUAUAGACAUCUCAAUUUUAGUCGCCUUUAUAGAACUAACCUUUUUACUGACAACAGAUGGUCUAUAUUUGAAAACCAUGUUUAAUAUGCUUCUAUUGGCCCCCUUACCAACAACUGUAGGGGUCUCUGUUAAAUAGAGUUGUUUGUAUAUACAGCAAUGUUGAACACGUUUUUAUUUUUAUUUUUAUUUGUUCUGUAAAUAGAACUAUUUUGAGAGAGUACUGAGUACCAUUUUCUUAAGUUACUUUUCCAGUGACGAUUCAAGUCAAGACUGUUUUGAGGGCUUCCAUGGAAGAGGCAUGGAAAAAUGCUUUUGUGAUAUACAUCCCAGUGAGCCCUGACCAUUAGUCUUCCCUGCUCCCCUCCCCUCCCCCAGCAGGAGAGGCCAUUCACGCACCCAUCAGCCUCACUCAGUGGUGGCCCCUGGUCAGACUCCUGCGUCUACAUAGGCCCAGACACUGGAGCAAGGACAGAUUGUCCCGGAACUCCUGCCCUGUUUCUAGCUGGAGUUCCAGUUUCCAAGCGUCCGGCUUCUAGGUGGAAUAGACAGCAGGAAAUUUUCAUUCUAGGUUUGCCAAACUAUAGCCUUGAUUUUCAUCAUGUAUUCCGUUCAGAAAGAGAAAACUGGGAACCUUCUGUUUGGACUACGGAUGAGUUUUGUUGGGAAUCUCCCGUCAUCUGUCUUCCUCCCUGUUUUGCUGCACUUCAUAUAAUAUGUGUUGAAAAAAUAAAGAGAUGAUGGAACACUUAGAUGAAUGUCACAUAGCAUUCAUGUUUCUGAAUUUGUCGACUCAAAUGCUGUACAACAAAGAGAGUUGAAGUGGCCUUGGCUUUAUAAGCAGCCUCAAUUUUGAUCAAAUCUAAAAGGUGUAGCAACCUUGUCAAAGAUUUUAAACAAUUAUAGCAGAGUAUAAAGUCCUAAAGAAAUAUGCUCCUCUCCCCACCCCACCCCCUCAUACACACUUGUCCCUGGCCUGCAGACUAGAGAACUGGAAUCAGCAACUUGCCAGGGUUUUUUUAGAUUAUCAUCUGCAUAGUUUGAUUUUUAGUAGACCUGAUUCUCCUCAGACCCCAGGAUCCCUAGUGUAAUUGGGGUUUUUGGUGUCACACCCAGCAGUGCUUGGGAGUUGCUCCCAAUUGGUGCUCCUUGGAACCAUAGAGUGCUGAGAACAAAUCCCAGGCCUCCUUCCUUGAAAGCACAGAUUCAGUCCAUUGAGCCAUUGCUGUUCCCUUUGAUUAUAAAUGAAAACAUUUCACGAUCAUUUUCACAGUCUCUGAACAGAAUUGUGCUUUUUUAUACCUAAUCCAGACAAAAAUAUAGCACCAUGUCAGUUCAUAAAAUCCCCUUAAACCUAAAUUGCUGCUGUCAGGAAGAAGUCCAUGUAAUUCAAAAUUUGGUUCAUAAUAGCUUUUCUAAAAGCCAUGUUCCAGCAAUUGAUGUUGGAAAUCUUUACAUGCCAAAAGAGUGAUAUUCCUCAGUGCAACUCAACUUAUUUACCUAGUCAGAAUAGAAAAUCUGGUUUCCUGGGGCUAUGGAGAACAUUGGUCUAUUAUUUUGUCAGGGAGAGAAAUUAUAGAUGUGUUUUUCACUGGACCAUGCCAACAUGUGUAAAUAAAUGUAUUUUCAGUGACCUGUAGGCCAGGGUUGGUGGGCACAAAUCACCUUGGUCCAUCUGCUGAAGCAACACAAAACACUGGUCUUUAUAAUCAGUCCUAGCCUACAAAUGUUUUCCUUGUUAAAAGUGUGUAUGGUAGAAAUGUUACAGUUCUCAAGAUGGCUGAAAUCUAAGUGGAGCUCAAAAAUAUUUUGGAAAAAAGAAAGUAGAAGCUAUCUCAUCUUCAAAAAAAGUAUUUGCUACAAAUAUCCUUAGCUACAGUAUGCCUAAUAUUACCUUCAGUUAUUUCAUAAGCAUUAACAUUUGCAUUUAAAAGUACUUGUCUCUGAUUCUGUAACUUAAAAAUUGAACUUUUGUAAAUAUUAGCAUCAGUAUGUUUGACUUACCUUCACGGCAAGUCUUUUGGGAGCCUUUUCCUUUUACAUGAAGGUGAUGUUACCAAUGAAGUCAAGUGACAGUUUCCCAAGUGAUGAGUGACUUGUUAGCAGCUGAAGUAUAUUGUCCAAGAUCACUGUAACUUGUUAUGUAUUUUUGUUGAAUGAUGUUUUUGUACAAAACUUAUUCACGAUGUUAUUUGACAUGAUUGUUUUGUAAAUGCUGUGAAUCUAUACUUGUUUUGUAUCUGUUUAUUAAAAUUAUUUACCAAACUUGUUCUAAUAGUACCUGUUUUUAGUGGAGAGAAUGCCAGGAGGACUAUUCCCACCUGCACAGUGACGGACCUCUUCAGUA